GUGUUUGUGGGGUAGGUAGAUAAGCACACAUUCCUUGCAUGGGUCAUUUGAGAAAUACUUUUUCUCAGGACUGUUCUCGUUCAUUCAAUCUGGAUGUUGUGGAUGCAACGCAGCAUUUGUUGUUGUGUACCAGUUGCUCAGAUCUGGACUGGGGCCGACAUAAGACGUUUAUUAUCUUUAGGGUAUUGUCACUUACACUUUCCUUGGUGUUUUCGCAUCAGAACUCUGACUCAGAAGCUAAAAUAAAGGCGUGUGGUGAAAUAACUGCAUCUGUGGCCUGGCGCUGCCGUUCUAUGUUCCAGCUGGCAAGAUUUUAGACGCCAGUGCCACUCGUCAUUGUAUUGUGCUUUGUAAAGCUUCUCUCACCUGGCCCACGUACCAGACUCUACACCGUAUACGUACAGGAUCGAGAGAGAUCCAGAACAAAUUUUCAUUGAGUAUUCCAGCCAUGGAUGACCAUGAUGACACUGACACUGCUGCUGUUCAGGGCGUAGUUCUACCAUCUUCGUCACCAAACCUGCCGGAGUCGGGUGCAGAAAGUGAUGCAGAGGUCACCGAGCAGCCUGGACCAGACUCGCCUGACCUGGCCGAGGCGGAUGGUCGCAGGACUAUCGUGUUGGAGGCGAAGGCUUUCAAUCCGAAUUUCUUUAUCAACUUGGGCUGGGACCCUGUAUGGAAGAACUUCCGUAAACUUGGCGCAAUCUGGGUACUUAUAACUUACCCGCAUAUUGCCAGCCUUGUGCCAGUCAUCGGUGAUACGGUCACUGGUCUUGCACUCUCCUAUCAGUCGCUGCUGAAAGUCUGGUUUUUACAGAGUGUGUUUGGAUUCGUCUUUGCGGCUGAUGAUACGUUUCGCUUCUGCUGGUCGAUUGGCUUGUCAUGGCUGUCGUGCUUACGGUGGAUGCUGCAGACACUGCUGCUCAACGACAAGUCCAUCGACGUGCUGCAGGGCUACGCCAAGCUGCACGGCAUCAAGCUGAAGAAAAGUGACGGAGAGGAGGAGGACGAUGAGGAUGGGGAGGAUGAUGAUGACGAGGCUAGCACUAGUCUUGGCGACCCCCGUGGCAACGCUUGCGCUGAUGACGAUGAAGAUACUGCUGCUGCUUGCGACGAUGCCGAUGAUGAACAUCGCGCAGCUUCUGAUGACGAAACUGACGGAAUUGCGUCAGCCGACCCUGCCGGAGACGCGGGACUUCGAGAGCGCGCCGUCGUGAGGCGUGCGGAGCGGCAGGACUCUGGCGUCGUCGCCCGUGCAGCGGAAGUGGUGGCGUCGUAGCACAUCGCGAGACAUGACGCGUCCGUCCGGGUCACCUUUGCAGAAUGCGGGUGUGUCUGAGUACAGACUAUGCAUCGUAUCCAGGUUGGCUGUCGCGUGCAUACAGCUACACAUGUGUCUUGUUUUCAACUGGCGGUGUUCUGGGUCACCUUUGCAGGGUGAGAGUGUGUCUGAGUUCCCGUCGUCCAGUACAGACUAUACAUCGUAUCCAGGUUAGCUGUCGCUUGUAUACAGCUGCGGGUGGGCCGUAUUUUCAACUGACGCUGCUCUAGUCUAGUCUGCUGGCGUCCUUGCCUCGGCAUGUCCUGGCGACCGCGUUAUUAUCGUGGUCCUGCUGUCGGAUACUUACGGCCAGUGAUACGGCAUCCUACCAUGUAUACAUGGCUCACUGUAUCCCCCCUACCUUGCGUGCAUGGCUCGUGUUCAGUGCCAGCUCAAGCUGCACCGUGAGUGAUGUGUCAUGUGCAGAGAGCCCUUAUUCAACCCGGUGUGUGUGUGUGUGUGUGUGCGUGCACGGUUCGUGCACAGUGCUGCCCAACGCAAUUCACAUCAGCUUUGCUCAGACCAAGCCGUGCACAGUGCUGCGGCGACAACCAACGGCCGUAAGCUAUCCGCGGUGUGAUCCGUUCGGUCGGGUGAGACCAACGCAAACUACGCUCGCAAGCCUGCUGCCAUGGUCCGCCCAGCUUCACAUGCAAACCAGUUGAGCGUGUUUGUUGGCUGGACACAUGUUGAACACGUCUCCGCAUGUGCUGCGCUCAGCUUUGAUUGUCGGCCGAGAGGCAUGACGGUUGGUCGAACUCUGAAUAGCGCUGGUUUAGUGCUGUUGUGCGGUGGACUCGCGGCCGCUGCUGCAUGCUCGUGUGGUCUCGUUGGUGUAUCGUUGGCCAAGCCAUGCACCCCGGGCCCGCACUCACGGCCGCUGCUGCAUGCUUGUGUGGUCUCGUUGGUGUAUCGUUGGCCAAGCCAUGCACCCCGGGCCCGCACGGUCUGUGGGGCUACUACAUGCUCGUCUUGUCCCGUGUGCGGAUCCUUGGGCCAAGCCAUGCCGCCCGGUUUCGCACAGUCUGUGGUACUAUCGAACUGCACGUCGAGUCCGGCUACCAUGGCCGGUGAGCAUGUGUCUUCCUCUUCUUCGCGGCCCCGUGGCACCGUUGCAGCGUCUUCGUCGCAUUCGGUCUGUGCUGCCCUGGCCUGCAGGCGUCCCGAGUGGAGAGGUAGAGUCCACCACCGCCGGGGAGCUGCAUGUCCUGCUCGAACGGGAUAGUAGAAUGCCAGUCCCGAGUGGAGAGGUAGAGUCCACCCCCUUUGGUCUCUUAGCUCACCUGCAUGUACCCUGCACCAAUAUUUAGUAUAUUUUACUGUCGACUCAACUAUGCUACAGUGUUCCCGUGAGGAUGCUGUUGCUGCCAGGGAGUAGUACAAUACCGUACUACUCCCUGGUUGCUGCUGCUGCUGCAACGUCAGUUUGCACAUGAAGUACCAGUACGACUAUCACCCUUGGUGGCCAACCAUUAUGAUUUAUUUAAGUUUUUGCUUGCGAGCAUAUCUCUUUCUCUAUUCCACACACACACACACGCACACACCCUCCGUGCAUGUGUGUUGUUGCGUGCGUGUGCUUGCGACUUUCGCGCGGUCUUGAUCUCCGUGUUCUGCACACUCUUGGCUGCGGCCCGUCUUGUGAUGUGGUUUUUUUUAAAUUUAUUUGCCUUGUAAACGCAGAAAAUCAUUUAUUUUUUUGUUCCUCCAUCCGAAUGGCUAGUGUUGUUUUGUCA